GUUCUUGUCUCGGGUGCGGCAUGGUGGCAUGCGCUUGGUGAAACGAAGGGGUGAAGGGGGAGCAGGGAGCAGAGUAAUUGCCAUUGCCAGCAGCUCCAGCUAUACGCUAUAUCUAUAGCUAAAGCUAAUACACCUACCAUCAACUACCAACGGCAUCGCCCGAUCCUGAAAUAACGGUGUUUAGCCCACGUGAGUAUUUGUUGAAGCGUUGAGCCAUGACAGUGUAAAUUGAAGUGGUUUCGGGCCGUUCUGACGUUAAAACCGAAAACGGAGUGCAGUGGACGAACCUGUGACCGGAAGCGGCACCGCGGUGGCCCCAGGAGCUGGACACCCAAUAUAGACUGAAGUUUUUGUGCAACUGGGAAAAUGCGUGAAUACAAGAUCGUCGUUUUGGGGUCCGGGGGUGUAGGGAAAUCGGCACUCACCGUGCAAUUUGUACAAGGAAUCUUCGUCGAGAAAUACGACCCUACUAUUGAAGAUAGCUAUAGGAAACAAGUCGAAGUCGAUGGGCAACAGUGCAUGCUUGAAAUUUUAGACACAGCAGGCACAGAGCAAUUCACGGCGAUGAGGGAUUUAUAUAUGAAAAACGGGCAAGGUUUUGUUUUGGUUUAUUCAAUUACAGCACAAUCAACAUUUAAUGAUCUACAAGACCUCCGGGAACAAAUUCUCAGAGUCAAGGACACCGAUGAUGUUCCGAUGGUGUUAGUGGGAAAUAAGUGUGAUCUGGAAGAGGAAAGAGUGGUAGGCAAAGAACAAGGAAACAACCUAUCGCGCCAGUUCAACUGUGCCUUCAUGGAAACCUCUGCCAAAGCUAAAAUAAAUGUUGUUGAUAUAUUUUAUGAUCUAGUUCGACAAAUCAACAAAAAAUCACCUGAGAAAAAACAAAAGCAGAAAAAGAAACCGAUUUGUGUGCUUCUAUAAAAAUGUAAUGAUUUGGAACCAAAAAGUACAUUUAAUGAUUUCAAAGACAAUUGUAAGACAAAGUGUGUAAGCGUGAAGGCAAGUGCGGACGUGGAGAGCUUCUUCCAGUGAAGGGUAGUUAAAGUCCUGUAUAUUCUUUUUAUUAAAUAUUUAAGUAUUUGUAUUUGUAAUUAAUUAUAAAAUAUAUGUCAGUUAAAUUUCUCCAAAAUCAAGGUUGUUAUUGACUCUAGAUGCAAUUCUAUUUAGUGAUAGAGUAUUUUGAAAUCUACUGCCAAUUUUGUGGUGUCAAAUAGGGAUAGCGAUGUGUGAAUCAGUGAGCCAAGACUAGUGACGGGACAAUACUUCUCUGACCACAGCGUUUUAGGGUGUUUUAUAUUCCUACAUAGAAUAAGCCUAGUUAACAGGUUGGGUUUCUCAUUGCAUCAUGGACGAAGACUAAUCAUUGUGGUAGUUCCGGAGUAAGCACUCGAGCUCUCGCUAAACAUCACUAUGUUUUUGUGCGAUUGCUAGCCGCAUAUACAUACAUACUUAUAUGACUACGAUCACUUCGUUACGUACUAGUUUUAUUUGUGUUAGGUGUCCUUGUAAAUGGAUGUAGAUUAGCGCGACAGUAUAUUAUUAAUAGGACUGUGGUGCUUACUCCGUUAGCAGUGUGGUAGACUAAGGCUCUCUCUGUGAGGUGGCGGUGUCUCACCCAUCUCGAGUGCCAAUCUCAUGUUCAACUUUACUUUUUUCCAGAGUCAAAACUUCUCCUAUUUGUAUUUUGAUUAUCAUGUAUUUGUAACUGAUUGAAAUUGGAAAUUGUGAUAACUUUCUCAUUAGCUUUUGUGUACGUGGAGGUUAAAUGCUCUUAUUUCGCACCUGCCUUUUGCACAACAGCGGUAACAAAAUCACUUAAUGCAAUGCAAUACCGCUUGCCAAUUCUUUGAAAGAUUAUUUUAAAAUAUAGUUAAUAUAUACAUAUUAUAUAUUUUGUAAUUCACCGGAUACUUUUUUAGAUUCCAAUCACAGAUAUAUGUGUCAGUUGAAAAUAUCUUCCCAUUAAGCAAUUAAAAAGAAAUUGUAUAAAUCAAUCUUGUUGUUUUUUAAUAUAAAUGUAUGUUAAUGUAUUCUAAUAUUGACGCUAAAUAUAAUUAAAAUUCAAUAUUUAA